UCUGCAAAGGAGGCGUCGGCGUCCGGAGCUGCUUCCACGUCGCCUCCCACCGCGCUCGCCAAGAGGAGGAAGCGGAGUCGUCAUGGCCUCGUCUCCUGGCCUCUGCUUCUUGGGGUGGGACUUCAGCACCCAGCAGCUGAAAGUAAUUGCGGUCGAUGGACGGUUGAGAGUCAUCUAUGAGGACAGUAUUAAUUUUGACAAAGAUCUGCCAGAAUUUGGGACUCAAGGUGGUGUUUACAUGCAUGAUGACAGAUUAUCAGUCUCUUCUCCUGUGUUAAUGUGGAUCAAGGUAAGAAUUAAUCUUUUGUUCAUAUUGCCAGUGCUUUUUGAAUAUGUCAUUUUGUGGAUUUGCUUAAAUUUAUGCAAUAAGAACCUACCAGACUCUUAUUUUUGUGGCAAGGAAGAGAAAAACCACUGUG